AGCAUGGCCUGGCAAGGCUGGCCUGCGCAGUGGCUGUGGGUCGCCGGCUGCGGGCUGCUGCUCCUCGGUCUCGUCCUGCUGCUCGGCCCCCGCGGCUGCCGAGCGCGGCGGACCCUCCGUGGCCUGCUCAUGGCGCGCAGCAAGCGGCUGCUCUUCCGAAUCGGGUACAGCCUGUACACCCGCACCUGGCUCGGGUACCUCUUCUACCGCCAGCAGCUGCGCAGGGCUCGGAAUCGCUACCCCAAGGGCCACUCCAGAACCCAGCCCCGCCUCUUCAACGGAGUGAAGGUGCUUCCCAUCCCCGUCCUCUCGGACAACUACAGCUACCUCAUCAUCGACAUCCAGGCUCGGCUGGCUGUGGCUGUGGACCCUUCAGACCCUCAGGCUGUGCAGGCUUCCAUUGAAAAGGAAGGUGUUACCUUGGUGGCCAUUCUCUGCACCCACAAGCACUGGGACCACAGUGGAGGGAACCGUGACCUCAGCCGGCGGCACCAGGACUGUCGGGUGUACGGGAGCCCUCAGGACGGCAUCCCCUACCUCACCCAUCCCCUGUGUCAUCAAGAUGUGGUCAGCGUGGGACGGCUUCAGAUCCAGGCUCUGGCCACCCCCGGCCACACACAAGGCCACCUGGUCUACCUGCUGGACGGGGAGCCCUACAAGGGUCCCUCCUGCCUCUUCUCAGGGGACCUGCUCUUCCUCUCUGGCUGUGGACGGACCUUUGAGGGCACCGCAGAGACCAUGCUGAGCUCGCUGGACACUGUGCUGGGGCUCGGGGACGACACUCUGCUGUGGCCUGGUCACGAGUACGCGGAGGAGAACCUGGGCUUCGCAGGCGUGGUGGAACCCGAGAACCUGGCCCGGGAGAAGAAGCUGCAGUGGGUCCAGCGGCAGCGGAUGGAGCGCAAGAGCACGUGCCCGUCCACCCUGGGAGAGGAGCGCUCCUACAACCCGUUCCUGAGGACCCACUGCCGGGUGCUGCGGGAGGCUCUGGGGCCAGGCCCGGACCCCACCGGGGACGACGGCUGCUCCCGGGCCCAGCUCCUGGAGAAGCUCCGCCAGCUGAAGGACGUGCACAAGAGCAAGUGACCCCCCAGCACACCCCCCAUGGUGGGGAGGCCACCCGUCCUCCACCCCACCCACCCCCUCACUGUUACCACACCACCUCCAUCGGCGCCCGCAGGGGCAUCACUCCCCGCCUGCGGUGGGGGGAGAGGAGGGCAAGGCCGUGAGACCAUGAGACCCGGAGGAGGGGGGCUGGCGAAGGCUCGAAGACUCCGUGGGGUGAGGCUGAGUUACCCAGGGUGAGAGGGAAGGAGGAGCCUUGGGACAUCUCCAGACCCGACCAGGAGUGUCCCCUCCUCCCUUCCCCUGUUCCUGCAAUGGCAGUGAGGACACGAGGCUGCCCUCAGGCCCUCCCUCAGGAAGCCUCACUCUGUAGCCCCUGACCCCAGGGCAGCAGGAGCCGUGAACUGGUUGAGUCCAUCUUCCCCCUUCUCCCCUCCAGGGCUGGGAAACUACUCCCCCAAAGUGGCCUGAGGUGUGGAGCCUUGGCAAGUGGCCACUCAGAGGGGCCUCGGGGCUCUGGUGUACUGAGACACUGCCCCUCCUCCC